UGCAAAUCAUAUAAUGGACAAACUCCAAGCCUGAGAAGGAACUUCCUCUUACAUAAAACCAAAUAACUGGCAAUCAGUUGCUUUCAAAUUUCAGAACAAAACAAUGGCAGCAAUGAUGGCUCAUAAUUCUUCCCCAGCAUCUUCCCUCAAUUGCUUGCAUGGCCUGUGGUACAUUAAUCUGGGCAUAUUUUCCAUAUGGGUAUCUUCUCAUAGAACGAUGGCACCAACUUCUCUCUUCAUUCUCUGAUAUAUAUUGGUGCCAGUGCCCACCUUUGCUCCACCAGAGAAGAUUCAUUGGUUUUCUGAUAUGGGUCUCUCCUCAAAUCUUUUGGCGCCAGCUGCUUUCUUCAUUGUGUUAGCCCUUUUUUCUGUUCCUACGGAUGCCCAAAUUAAAUCCGAUGAAGGAUUCAUUUCUGUGUUCAUAUCCAGUAAGGGGCUUAGUUUUGUCAAGGAUUUGUUAAUGCACAAAGCUGUUUCCUCUCUCACCCCAAUCGAAAUACAGCCUAUCGAAAAGAUUGUGAAGAUCCCACUUGUUGGCCAAGUUGACAUUCUUCUUUCCAACAUCACUAUCCUUAGUGUGGGUGUGGGUACUUCAUAUGUUAGUUCGGGAGGGGCUGGUGUGGUUAUAGUUGCUUCCGGUGGUACUGCCAAUAUGAGUAUGAAUUGGAAGUAUUCUUAUGAUACUUGGUUGUUUCCAAUUUCAGAUAAAGGUGCUGCCUCGGUUCUGGUUGAAGGCAUGGCCAUGGAGCUUACUCUAGGAUUGAAGGACCAGAAUGGAACUCUAAGUCUGUCUCUCUUGGACUGGGGAUGUUUCGUGAAAGAUAUCUUUGUGAAGUUGGAUGGUGGGGCAACUUGGUUUUAUCAAGGGCUGGUGGAUGCUUUCAAAGAGCAAAUAGCCUCUGCAGUUGAAGAUUCUGUUUCCAAAAGAAUAAGAGAGGGAAUUAUAAAGCUUGAUUCCUUAUUACAAUCUGUUCCAAAAGAAAUACCAGUAGAUCAUGUAGCUGCUCUGAAUGUUACUUUUGUGAAGGACCCUGUAUCAAGUAAUUCUUCCAUUGACUUUGAGAUUAACGGGUUAUUCACAUCAAAGGAUGGCAUUCCAGCUCCCAACAAUUACCAUAAAAAACAUCGAGCUCCCGUUUCCUGCACAGGUCCAGCCAAGAUGAUUGAGAUUUCAUUAGAUGAAAAUGUUUUUAACUCUGCAACUUCUGUUUACUUCAAAGCAGAUUUUAUGAGCUGGAUUGUUAACAAAAUGCCAGAUCAGUCUCUUUUGAACACAGCCGGAUGGAAAUAUAUUGUUCCUCAACUCUACAAUCAGUACCCAGAUGAUGGUGUGAACCUGAAUAUUUCUGUAUCUUCUCAACCAAUGUUAAAAAUUGCAGAUGAUAAAGUUGAUACAACCAUUUACUCAGAUAUGAUAAUUGAUGUUUUGGAUUCUGGUGAAGUAAUUCAAGUGGCGUGCAUCUCAUUGGUUAUUAAUGCUACUGGCUCUAUACAAAUUUCAAAGAACAACCUCACUGGUAGCUUUGGGUUGACCGAAUUUACUAUGUCCUUGAAAUGGAGUAACAUUGGUGACUUGGACAUGCACCAAGUUCAGGCGGCAAUGUCAACUGUCAUUGACACAGUCUUCUUGCCAUAUUUGAACUUGCACCUGGCAAAGGGAUUUCCUUUGCCAGUUCUUCCUGGUUUUACACUUGAGAAUGCUGAAAUCAUAUGCAGAAAUUCACAAGUUAUGGUUUGCAGUGAUGUGGUCCACACAGGAGAAUAUGAUCUCUAUAAGCUACUGCCACUAUGGGUAAAUAUGCUGUCCAUUUAGGAAUGCAAAUAACACAAACUGAGAUGCAAGAUAAGAUUGUGUUGUUGCUUCCCAUAAUAUAUAUCCCACUCUUUCAAUGUUGUUUCUCGUCAUUCUUUCAAUGUUGUAAUGCUGUUUCUCAUGAACUAUACUGCUCCUCAUAUUGUAAAAAGAUUUUCAUAUUGAUAAGAAAUGAGAUCUCCUCUAUCAUGGCAAUGAUGAUGAUGAUGUUGAUGAAAGAA